AUGAUGAAGAGUGAAAAUUUAAAUAAUCCAUGGAAGCUUCAGUAUGAUGAGGUGUUGGAACAAUAUCACUAUAUCAACGUGAUAGAUAAUACGAUCACAUUCGAUUUACCGUGCGAGGUUCACUAUACACCCGAGUUAAUAAGGCCGAGAUCGAUAUUUCACAAGAAGAAAAGAGCCAGUUCGUCGUGGAUGCUGGGGCUGGAAAUGUGUAAGCAGACGAGUUGGGGGUCGUCGGACAGUUCGUUGCUGGAGACGUCAAAGAAGAAGACGUUGUUGGCGAAAUUGGGGUCUGUAUUGAGGUAUAGACACCGGUCGGAGGUAGCGGAAGCCGAUGUAAUUGCCGCAAGAGACACAGAUGAGCAGUCGGGUAUCGCAGAAGAGAGCGACGAUGAAAUGAGCGACGUUAACAAUUAUAACUACGACCGAACAAUGGGAGCGUCUACUGACUCGUUCAGGGACGUGAACAGUAUGAUCAGUGGGCUUGAUGACGCAUAUCUUUUAGAUAAGUCCACCAAUUCAAAGAAUUUUGCUGGAACUUCAGUCGUCAACGAUGCGGACUACGAAUCGUUCAGUUCGAACAGUUCAAGCAAUUCAAUUCAUUCUUAUUACUCUAAUUUGCCAUAUGAAUAUGAGGAAAUUGACGGGUCUGAGCUUGAUUACGACAAGGAAAGGGAAAGGUAUGAAUUGAGAUUACAAUUCAGGGAAGAAUUGGAAAUUUAA